UCUCUCUUUUGUUUCUCUGUCUCUUUCCUUUUCGCCGGAAUCGUCGUCAUUGAAACUCAGAGCACGCUUUAGCAAUAAACUUGGCGAAGCUAUUUCAGAUUCAGAGGUCGAAGUUGAAGGAAAGAUUAGAGGUCGGAGUAUCGGAUGCUGAAUAAGCUCACGCACGGCGUUUUCACGUACCGUGCCAGCCUCACCGCCAUGUUAUCUUCUUCAACCUCUGCUGGUUUAUCGUCUUCGUUCGCUUCUACUAGGAAUUCAUGGAAGUCUCCGGGAUUUCUCAGUUCCGGUAUAUUCUCUGGUGGCGCUUCGAUGAAUCGUGUUUCUUUUCACGUUCAGUCUCAUCGCGCAUCAGCUGUUCGAUGUUUUGCCUCUUCAGGCGGUUCUGAUAGAAUUCAGGUUCAGAAUCCUAUCGUUGAAAUGGACGGCGAUGAAAUGACGAGGGUGAUAUGGAGUAUGAUAAAGGAGAAACUUAUUCUUCCUUAUCUGGAUUUGGACAUUAAGUACUUCGACUUGGGGAUUCUGAAUCGUGAUGCUACUGAUGACAAGGUUACAGUUGAAAGUGCAGAAGCAGCUCUUAAGUACAACGUUGCUAUCAAAUGUGCCACUAUAACUCCUGAUGAGGGUAGAGUGAAGGAGUUUGGACUGAAAUCAAUGUGGAGGAGUCCUAAUGGGACAAUCAGAAACAUUUUAGAUGGUACUGUAUUCCGUGAACCUAUUAUGUGCAGCAAUAUCCCCCGGCUUGUUCCUGGUUGGAAAAAGCCUAUAUGCAUUGGUAGGCAUGCCUUUGGUGACCAGUAUCGUGCCACUGAUACAGUAAUUAAAGGGCCAGGAAAGUUGAAAAUGGUUUUUGUCCCAGAAGAUGGAAACGCACCUGUGGAGCUAGAUGUAUAUGAUUUCAAAGGCCCAGGUGUCGCACUUGCUAUGUACAACGUAGAUGAGUCCAUUCGAGCUUUUGCUGAGUCAUCUAUGGCGAUGGCAUUAACUAAGAAAUGGCCACUAUACUUGAGCACCAAGAACACAAUUCUCAAGAAAUAUGAUGGCAGAUUUAAGGACAUAUUUCAAGAAGUUUAUGAGGCGAAUUGGAAGCAAAAGUUUGAAGAGCACUCAAUCUGGUAUGAGCACCGCUUAAUCGAUGACAUGGUGGCUUACGCAGUCAAAAGUGAAGGUGGCUAUGUCUGGGCUUGCAAAAACUACGACGGUGAUGUUCAAAGCGAUCUUCUUGCCCAAGGGUUUGGCUCAUUAGGCCUCAUGACCUCCAUUUUGCUGUCCGCUGAUGGGAAAACACUCGAGUCGGAAGCGGCUCAUGGAACAGUAACUCGGCAUUUCCGACUGCACCAAAAGGGACAAGAAACCAGUACUAACAGCAUAGCCUCCAUAUUUGCAUGGACACGCGGCUUAGAACACAGGGCGAAACUGGAUAAGAACGAAAAAUUAAUGGAUUUCGUGAAGAAGCUAGAGUCGUCAUGUGUAAACACUGUUGAGACAGGGAAAAUGACCAAGGAUCUUGCCCUUUUAAUCCAUGGUCCCAAGGUGAGUAGGGAUUUGUUUUUGAACACGGAAGAGUUCAUUGAUGCAGUAGCCUCUAAGCUCAAAACCCAGCUCAAAGAGCUUCCUCUUGUCUGAUCUCAAAAGAAGAAGAAAAAAGAGCUUCCUCCUCUGGUCUGACCAUUCCCGGGAAGUGGGAACAAUACAAAAAUAAUGCUCGCAACAAUUUCAUAACCUAACAUGAAAAUAAUAUUGGUGGGUUUGAAUGAAUUUUUUGUUGGAAAUAAACGUUUUUGUUUCCAUUUUCCAAAGCUGUUUUUAGAAUUUGAGUGACAGUAUCUGUUUUCAAUUUAUUAUCAAACACUAAUUUAUACAUACACUAAAAA